ACUUGUCUGGCAAGAAAGAAGUUAUUUCUGCUGUGAGGAAACACUUCGAGGGCUGUUUGUUAUCACAAAUCGCCUCUGGGCUCACUGUUCCGCUUCUGCACUUGGACCACCACGAGCCUUCUGACUAAAAAGGAAACUAGAAGCGAAAAUGGUUCUUCCUCCAGUCUUCCUCUGCCCUCGCGUCUUCGUCCGACCCACAACAUGCCCCCUCCGAGCCCUCUCACCUACCUUCCGCGCCCUCUCUACCGCCCCUUCACCGAGCGCCGACCAACCUACACCUCCUCCCAUCCUCUCAGGUGAUUCUGGUCGUCCGACUGCGCCAAAACCCACCGAGCCGCCUAUCUCUAUAGAGCACCACGACGCGCUUCCCUCCUCUCUCGCCGAUUCGGAGGCUCCCCGGGUAAAGAAAUACGAUUCUGCGAAGUACAAGGCGAAGGAUGAACAUAGGGGCGUGAACUAUGGGUAUUAUAUUAUGCGCACGGCCAGGGGUGGGGAACCGGUGUAUGAGGAUAUAGUGAGGAAUGGGAGGAAGAGGACGCUCAUUCGCCUAGUGAAGGGUGACUCGAAGAAACUGCAGCAAGAUCUGAUGGAGACGUUGUUCAAGCCUCUGGGCGUGACGGAAGAGACGCUGCUCAGCCGGGUGAGGAUGCCCGGACAUGUGGAGUUCAGAGGGCAUUGGAGGCCGCAUGUCGUUGGGUGGAUGAGGGAGAGAGGGUUUUGAUGCGGCAAGUUGGGUCUCGACACGCUGGAGUUGGACAAGGGCAGUUGGUUUUGCAGUUGGUUUUGUGCUCGACUGGAAAUUGUUGCUCAGAGAGAACUG